AUGAAGUCGAGCUUGGCCAGGACUUUGCCUGUUGGGGGUCGCAGCCUGCUGCUUCCAUCGAGGCCUGCCACUUCGUUCUUCCUGCGCCCUGGUUGGCGGCGGAGUCUGUCGGUGACGGCCGCCAGACGAGAUGCAGAGAGACAAUGGACGACGCCGCUGGCGAAGCAGCUCACGGAGGCCAUCAAUAUGACCGGACCUGUUCCGUUGGCCAGCUUCAUGCGUAUGUGUCUGACAGCAGACGUUGGAGGCUACUAUACCGGUGCCAUUGAGCAAGGCCGCGACCAGUUUGGGCAGCGGGGUGACUUCAUCACCUCCCCUGAAAUAUCCCAGGUCUUUGGCGAGCUCAUCGGCAUCUGGUUUGUGGCAGAAUGGAUGUCCCAGGGCAAGCCCAAAGCUGUAGAGCUCAUCGAGGUCGGCCCUGGCAGAGGAACCUUGAUGGAUGACAUGUUGCGAACCAUGAAAAACUUUCCCUCGCUUGCCUCAAAUAUCGAGGCAAUCUACAUGGUCGAAGCCAGCAAGGAGCUGCGCGAAGCUCAGAAGAAUUUACUGUGCGGCAAAGACGCUGUCAUGGAGGAAACUAAGGCGGGCUGGCGAUGCACCAGCAAGUAUCUAAACUUGCCCAUCAUCUGGGCAGAGACCAUCAAGGGCGUACCCCAGUCUGCUGAGAAGACUCCCUUCAUUGUUGCGCACGAGUUCUUUGAUGCCCUGCCCAUACAUGCCUUCCAGGUCGUCAACGUUCCCGCGCCCAAGCAGGCCCCGGAAACCGACGCACAACUAUCCGACGCGACAUCAACAGUAUCAGCAAAAGUCCGGGAUGGUUCCAAGAGCACAGGCGGCGGCCUGCAAUGGAGAGAAAUGGUCGUGUCGCCCGUGCCUGAAGGCACCACCCAUGGCGACCUCGGGACACCAAAGUCUGAGCAGCACGCACCCGUGCCUGAGUUUCAGAUGACGCUCAGCCCGUCUGUCACAAGACACUCCAAAUAUCUGCCAGAGAUGUCCCCGCGCUACAAGGCACUCAAGAACACCGAGCACGCGUUGAUCGAGGUCUGCCCAGAUGCCAGCCUCUACGCAUCUGAGUUCGCGACACGCAUCGGGGGAGACGCGAAGCAGCCGAAGCCGAAGCCUAGUGGUGCAGCGUUGAUCCUCGACUAUGGCCCUCUGGACACCAUCCCGCUCAACUCCCUCCGCGGAAUCCGCCAGCACAAGCGCGUGAGCCCGUUCUCAGAACCAGGCCUUGUUGACCUUAGCGUGGACGUCGACUUCAUGGGCAUCGCCGAGGCGGCCCUCAAAGCCAGCGAGGGCGUUGAAGUCCACGGUCCCGUGGACCAGGCGGGCUUCCUCGAAGCCAUGGGCAUCUCGGAGCGUGCAGCCAUGUUGGCGAAGAAGACCAGCCCUGAGCGGGCCAAGGACAUUGAGAGGGCCUGGAAGCGUCUCGUCGAUCGGGGGCCAGGUGGUAUGGGAAAGCUGUACAAAGCUCUCGCUAUCUUGCCCGAGAACGAUGGCAGGCGCAAGCCGGUGGGCUUCGGUGGUGACGUCAGCCCUUGA